CCAUUGUUGUUGUGUGUUUUUUUUUUCAGCAAGUCGAGAAACACUGGUGUUUUUGGCGAUAGUGCGAAAGAAACGGGUAUAGAGGCUGAUGUGUGGAGAUUUUAUCUGCUUUAUAUGAGACCAGAGUCACAGGAUACUACGUUUAGCUGGGACGAUUUUGCUUUGAAGGUCAACUCAGAACUCCUCGCGAAUCUGGGCAACUUCAUCAAUCGUGCCCUAUCAUUCCUUUCUAAUAAUUUUGGAGGAGUUGUGCCUGAAAUGCAUCUCAACGAUACAGAUUUGGAGUUGCUGACAGGAAUCCAGGAAGAUUCUAUCGAAUGGGAUCAUCAGAUGGAUUCUGUGCAUCAGAAAGAUGCUGUUCGGACAGUGUUAGCAAUGUCUAGACGUGGUAACCAAUAUAUGCAAUCUCAACAACCUUGGGUACUCAUAAAAGGCAGCGACGAGGACAAGAAACGGGCUGGUACGAUCAUAGGUGUGGCUACUAAUAUCUCCUAUCAUCUCGCUAUUGUUUUGCAUCCCAUCAUGCCGGAGAUAUCUGCACGGAUUCGCGCACAGUGCGGCGCAGAGGCGUUACCCGCAUUUUCUGCCUGUCCCAUGUCAUAUCUGAAACCUGGACAUAAGAUCGGCACCCCGAGACCGUUAUUCACGAAGAUGGAGAAUGCAAAAAUCCAGGAAUGGAAAGCGAAGUUUGGAGGAAGUGCGGUUGCUAACGCAGAACCACAAAAGAAAGUAAAAGGUGUGGCUAUUUGUCUUAAUUGA